AAACAAAAAGCAGCCAACUUUCCAUUUCCAAUGCCAAUAAAACCAAAACAUUGGUAGCAGCAGUGUAGUUUCACUCUUCGAAUAUCGCAAAUCCUCAAUAUUCAAAUCACCCAAAAAAAAUUAAAUUGGGGUUUCCAGAAAAGCUAUAAAAUUAAAAUCUUAAAAUCUUGAAAAAAUAGGAUGAAAUCUGGAAAGGGUCAUCAUGGGGAAGAAGAAGAGGAUGAGUAUGAUUUUGGUUCUAAUAGAGAUGCCACACCUUCAAGUAACAGUACCAAAGUGGCAGAUGGGAAGAACAGUGACAAGGCAAAUGCAAUUAGGUCGAAGCAUUCGGUCACAGAGCAGCGUCGGAGGAGCAAGAUCAAUGAGAGAUUUCAGAUGUUGAGAAAUUUGAUACCCCAUACUGAUCAAAAACGAGAUACCGCAUCAUUCUUGUUCGAGGUAAUUCAGUACAUACAGUAUUUACAGGAGACAGUACAGAAGUAUGAAGGAUCAUAUCAACCUUGGAGCUCAGAGCCUACAAAACUCAUGCCAUGGAGAAACAGUCAGUGGCAUGCACAGAGUUUUCCUGCAAACACUCAAGCCUUGAAGAAUGGUACUGACACAGGACCAACAUAUUCAGGAAGGUUUGAUGAGAAUCUUUUAACCGUCACUUCGUCUAUGCAAGCAAAUCAGCGAAAUCCACUUGAAUCUCAUCCUGGUGGUGAUGUUAAAUCAAUGGACCAAGAAAAGGAACUAGCUAGAAUGGCAAUUGCAACAUCGAUGCCUCUUCAGGCUAGUAUGCCAGUCCCUUUUCAGAACGAUAGUGCCUUGUCUGACUCACUAGCUACACCUGGUUCUGAUGAAUGCCUCAGCACCACUAAUGCUCUGAAUAAUCAGGAGUUCAUGAUAGAAGGCGGCACAAUUAGCAUUUCGAAUACUUACUCUCAAGGGUUACUGAAUUCAUUGACACAAGCGCUACAGACUACUGGCCUUGAUCUUUCACAGGCCAGUAUAUCAGUGCAGAUUAAUAUAGGGAAGCAGCAGGCAAACAAGGAAAUGGCCUUGGGGCCAUCUGUUGCUAAGGAUACAGAAAAUCCUCCACCAUUGUCUGGCGAUCAAUUCAUGGAGGAAUUUCGGGAUACAAACAAUGAUGAAGAGUUGAACCAAGCUCAAAAGAAGCUGAAGAAAUAAAUACGACUAUAUAUAGCAAGUCAAAUCAACUCUAGUUUGUAUCACAUCCGCGUAAUUCAGUUGAGUGUAUAUAUAGAAGCACAUGCUGUCUAUGCUAUAACAAAUCCUGAUGGAUCGUCAUGACUUCUUGUGUAAAAACUUCACAAACACAUUGGGCGAUCUCAGAUGUGUUAUGUAAACACCCUAGAUAUUACUCAAGUUUUCCAUUCUAUUUAAAAAUGAAGAGA